AACACGAACAAUGAUAAACUCUUUUAAUCCAAAAUUAGAAUUUGCUUACAUAUUUAUUUGAAUGAUAAUUUAAGUGAGUGAUUUUUUAACACUUAAAUUCCAAUCUAAAGUGAGUGAGAAUGUGUGUCCAAAUUCAAAACUGGUGCCGUUAGCGUGACAGGAAUUGUUCUUUUUGAAAUCUGCAAUGAUGGCCUUUUUCACUUUGACCGGAUGAAGAGACUUUACUCCAGAGCUAUAUACCUCAGCUUGUUUUUAACUUUUAGGGACGUCUUUGCGAAGCCAUUGCCCAUGACGAGCACGAUGAAUGGAGGCACUUGUAUGACAGCGAGAGCCUUCAUGAUUUUCGCCAUUUUUGCAGCUUCAGCUUGCCGAUGCUGGGGAGAUACAUAUACUGACCCCAGAGAUGUUGAUGCGAUUACGAGUUUAUAUGUUAGUUUGGGGAAUCCGCCGCUUCCCGGCUGGAAUACGGCGGAGGUAGACCCUUGCGCGGAGGCGAGCAACUGGCAAGGCGUGAAAUGUGUCUUCUCUAACAUAACCGGGAUACUUCUCAGUGGAGCCAAUUUGGGGGGUGAACUGAGCCAGGACCUGGGAAAUUUCACUUCACUCAUAGAGAUGGAUUUGAGCAACAACCACAUUGGUGGAAGCAUACCAUCCAGUCUGCCCUCAACUGUACAAACUCUUUCCCUUUCAGGCAAUCAAUUAUCGGGGAGCAUUACGGACACAAUAUCCACAUUAGGCCUAGUGACUGACCUGUCACUGAGUAACAACCGUUUGACUGGAAGUAUACCCGAUGCUUUUCAACAGCUUCCAGCAUUGACAAACCUGAAUUUGUCCGGGAACAACUUAAGUGGUCAACUUCCUCCUUCAAUGGGGAAUUUGUCUUCUCUCACCACCUUGCACUUGCAAAACAAUCAGUUGUCUGGUUUUCUUGAUGUUUUAGAGGGACUUCCUCUUAACGAUUUAAACAUUGCAAAUAAUCUUUUCUUUGGGCCUAUACCUAAGAAAUUGCUGAGCAUUCCAAACUUCAGUAAAGAUGGAAACCCAUUCAACACUACUGUCAUCCCUUCACCACCAACAUUACCACCUCCUCCUCCACCCACAUUUAUACCACCACCUUCACCGGUUGGAGUUCCUCCUCAACCACCACCACCACAUAGUGAUCCCUUCUCACCACCAGGAUUACAAGCUCCCACGGGGGAAAAAGAUAAUGGUGAACUUAGAAACAACAAAACGAUUCAUAUUAUUGGAGGGUUAGUUGCAUUUCUUGUACUCCUGUGUUUAUGCCUUUGUGUGCUUUCAAGAUGCUGCAAUAGAUCACAAAGUUCCGAUAAAGGCCACAAACUAUGUGCAUUUCUUGCAUUUUGUGCAAGAGAUCACAAAGUUUUAAAUGCUCAGGGUAGCAAUAAUUAUAGCUCAGAGACAUUGACUCAGACCGGGUUGACAAAACAUUCUAGGUUAAAGUCUUCCUGGUCUGAGAAGGAUUAUGAUGAUCAUCAGACGGAUAAACGAGUGGUGGAUAUUCCACCACCACCCCUACCUCCCUACAUGUCUCUCCCUGCUAAAAGAAUGAUUCCGGACGCAACUUUUCCUCAUGUAACCACAAUGAAGCUGUCUAGAUUGUAUGGGAGCUCUGGAAAUUGUUACACGAUUGCAGAUCUCCAACAAUAUACAAACAGUUUUUCUCAGGAUAAUCUUAUCGGAAGUGGCAUCCUUGGAACAAUGUACAAAGCUUACCUUCCUACUGGAGAGCUGUUAGCAGUCAAGAAAUUGGAUAAAGAUGUGGCAAGGUGUCAAACUGAUGAAGAAUUUGCUAAGCUGAUCUCUGCAAUCUCAGGACUUAAACACGAUAACAUUGUUAAACUUGUGGGCUACUCUCUAGAACAUGGUCAAAAGCUACUAGUUUAUGAGUAUUGCAAUAAUGGCACCCUUUAUGAUGCAUUACACAUGGAUGAUGAUAUGCAUAGACAACUUUCGUGGAAUGUUCGAGUACGGAUUGCACUUCAAGCUGCUAGAGCACUAGAGUAUAUGCAUGAGGUCUGCCCCCAACCAACUUUGCACCAGAACUUUCGAUCUGCUAAUGUCCUUCUAGACGAAAAACUCAAUGUGCACGUUUCAGACUGCGGGUUUGCUUUUCUUAUGUCAUCUAAGUCCCUGGCUGUGCUGCAAGGUUGUGGUUAUGGUGCACCAGAACUUGAACUGGGAAGCUAUACUUAUCAGAGUGAUAUUUACAGCUUUGGAGUUGUUCUAUUAGAGCUACUUACAGGGAGGAAAUCAUAUGACAGGUCACGACCUCCAGGCGAACAGGUUCUGGUUAGAUGGGCAGUCUUGAAGCUUCAUGAUAUAGAUGCAUUAUCCAGAAUGGUUGAUCCUUCUCUAGCUGGGGCAUAUCCUUCCAAGUCUUUAUCUCGGUUUGCUGACAUAAUUUCCUUGUGUGUUCAGCCGGAGCCAGAAUUCAGGCCUCCUAUGUCUGAAAUCGUGCAGAAUCUGCUACACAUGACGUAGGGGAGACCAUUGAGUGAGGACACGAACCGAGAGAGUGUUGUGUGGAUGCAUUCACAGUUGCUUACAUGUAGUGGCUCAGGCACCAAGAGAAUGUUCCUCUAGUUCAUGCAAGAGCAAAGAAUGUAUAUACGAAGCUAAGUUAACUAUCUA